AUAAUUCUUUUCCUGCAUUUAAUACUUUAUGAAAUCGCAUUCCAUACUUUUAAGUGAAACAUUUACAUGAUGGAACGUCCAAUCGCGUAUUUAACAAGAAAAGAAGUGAUAUCCAGCUGUCACCGUUUACACAAAAUAUAUUUCAGUGAAAACUUAACUGAGGAAGAAAACAAAAAUAUAUAUGGAAAAUGUAAUAACUAUUGGGGACAUGGCCAUAAUUAUACAGUGGAAGUGACUGUAUGUGGACCUGUAGAUCCUGUAACAGGUAUGGUCAUGAAUAUAUCAGAUUUAAAAUUAUUUAUGAAAAAAGUGUUAAUGGAUCAACUGGAUCAUAAGAAUUUGGAUAAAGAUGUACCUUAUUUUAAAAAUACUGUUUCUACUACUGAAAAUGUAGCUAUAUAUAUAUUUAAUGAACUAAAAAGGAUUAUGCCUAACUCAGAUCUUUUAUAUGAAGUUAAGAUCUACGAAACUGACAAAAAUAUUGUUAUUUACAGAGGAGAACAAAAAUAAAAUGUUAAAUUGGUCUAAACAUAUGUUAAUUUAAAUAACACAAGGUUAUAAAAAGAA